GCGGACGCAUUGAAGGGAUUCUGCUGUCCUGAUGUCAAUAGUCAGGAUAGAAAACAGACAGGAUUUAGAUGAGUGGUGGCUGCCUGCCCCUAGUAGUGAGGUAAUUCAUAAUGAUAAUAAUAAUAAUAAUAAUAAUAAUAAUAACGAAAAAAACAUUACAAAUAAUGCAAGGUGCUAUUUAGAAUAAAAGUAUUAUUAUUAUCUUGAAUAUAUUAUUAUUAUCAUUAUUAUAAAGACAAAUAUUAACACAAAAAACCUAAUUGAUAUUUAUAUUUUGUCUGAUGGAAGGCAGCCAUUGUGACAGUAAAACAAAAAACAAAAAAAUAUCACAAGGGGAGGUCGGACUGUUUUCGUGGAUGCGACCGGAUGUGACAGCAACCGGAACCUUUGUCGUGUAUGUUGUUUCCGAUCGGAGCCACGAGAAAUAGACACAGCAAGCGUGUUGUGUACACCAGAAGUGUCCGCGCUGAGGUUGUGUGGUGAUAUUUACACAAAUGUAAACGUAGAAUCAUGCAGUGAAAUCUCCAGCGGACAUUUUGUUAUUCAUAUUUUCCAACGAGGUCGCGCUCGUGACUCAACCCGCCGCCAUGAAGAUCAAGCGACAGAAACAAGCCAAGAAAACCAUCAGCUUCUACAAGUACAACUUCAGCUUCAGGGAACCGUUUCAGAUCCUCGUGGACGGGACCUUCUGCCAGGCGGCCCUGAAGAACCAGAUCCAGAUCAAAGAGCAGAUGCCCAAGUACCUGAUGGGGGAGGUGCAGCUGUGCACCACGAACUGUGCACUGAAGGAGCUUGACACUCUGGGGAAAGAUCUGUACGGAGCCAAAAUCAUCCUGCAGAAGUACCAGGUCAGGAACUGUCCACACUUCAAGAGCCCGGUCCCCGCCUCGGAGUGUCUGCUGUCCAUGCUGGGGGAGACCAACCCUCACCACUACUUUGUAGCCACACAGGACCACACGGUGACCACAGGCCUGAAGAAGAUGCCGGGCGUUCCCCUGCUCUACAUCAUCCUCAACACCAUCGUGCUGGACAAGCCCAGCCGGGCGUCGCUCGACCACGUGCAGGCCGUGCAGCUGGGGCAGCUGGUGAGCCUCACCCAGCAGCAGAGCAUCCGCAGCCUGAAGGAGGAGCAAGGCAUCGCGCCGAAGGGCGGAGAGAGGCGUGGGAGGAAGAGGAAGAGGAAACAGAGCCACCCCAACCCCCUGAGCUGCCUGAAGAAGAAGAAGAAGAAAGCAGGGGUGCCCACGCCGCCGCUGAAGAAGGCGGAGCCGGAUGAGAAGAGGAAAAGAAGCCGACACAAGAAACAAAAGAUGGACGGAGCCCCGGACCUCAGCUGCCCUGAGGACCGCCCCUGCCUGGGAUGCGGAGUUUCCAUCAUCCUGCACCUGGUGAACAGACACGUGUGAACACGUCCUCCAGGCAGGUGACGUCACCUGCGGCACCACACUGAGGCAGGUGAUGGACAUGAGCACAGAUUAUAAGUCAGUGAUGUUAAAUUACACCUGGUGAAGAGGAGUCCGACGUCACGAGGAGGGGAUGACCGGAACCACACAGAUACGUUACAGUGCCGGGGAGCGACGCGCGACCCUGCGGCCCCUCAGCAUGGACCGGGACAGCCACAGCGAGGACACGCUGUCCACCAUGGUGCUGGAGAACAUCAAAAACAAACUGAUUCACGCCUUCAGGGCGACGGGAGAGUCCAGGGAGGACCGCCGGGAGGCCGGGGCCACUGUCAGACCGCCGGGCAGCGUCGGCCGGAGCCACCAGGCCAACGAGGAGCUGAGGAGGGCGCAGAUAGACGGAGCCAUAACCUGGCUGAGGUCUGAGCUGCUGGAAAUGCGCUCGCAGGACCUCCAGCUGGCCCAGACGCUGCUGGGGCUCAACUCCGAGAUCCAAAGACUGAGGAGGGAGAGUUUCGGAGGUGUGGAAGUAGAGGGGGAGGAUCAGCAGUAACCAGCCCCCGCCCCCCCCCCCCCCCCCCCCCCCCGGCAGAGAGCCCCUUCUCUGGGCCAAAACCUGAGAGUGACGACUGUAGAGGAAGAAGAGCAGGUAGAAACAAAAAAUGCUCUUACUGGCUCUGAUAGAAACUAAAGGUUCAAAUGAAAGAAAUAUCAAAAGCAUUUGCUUUUGUGACAAUGGCUCUUUGUGGUAAAGUAACAUGAAUAGAAUCUUUACGUUUUUGCACUUUUGCAGAGUUGAAACCUGUUUUGUUUCGUUGCUAGAUCAGGAAACAAGACAUUUUGAAUGUAAAAAUAAAUAUAAAAAAAACAACCACCGAAA